AUGUUGUGUACUAAACCUUACCAACCGAAGCAUCUAGUAGGGCACGACGUGGCCGUUGUUGUAGCGCGUCGCGCGCGUCUGGCCCAGGCGGCCGUGCUUGUCCUGGUACUCGACCAUGGACCCCGUCGCGACGAGCCACUUCUCCUGGCGGCCCUUGACGUACGUCUCGCGAUCAUAAUUCGUGAAGCCCCACUUCGCGCUCUUCAGGAUCUUCUGGCGGCCCGGGAACUUGAACUUCGCGCGGCGGAGGCCGACGAUGACGUGCUCGCCGUUCGCGUCCUUCGCGCGCACGCUCAGGAUGGCCUGGCCGAUGGACACGCGCGCCGCGCGCUCCAUGGGCUUGCCGUACGAGUGGCGCAUGCCCGACGACAAUCGAUCCGCGCCAGCACAGGAAAGCAUCUUGUUCUGCCUAAUCACGUGGAACGGGUGCGUCCGCGUGCGAAUGUGGUACGCCUCCUUGCCGCACAUCUUGAUGAGGUACUUGUUGCACGCGACGCGCGCCGCCUCCAAAGCAUUGGAGGAGAUCUGCUCCUUCUCGUCGGAGACCAAAUGGGCCACGAAGGGGAACUGGUCGACGGACGCCUUUUUGUUGCCGCAGUCGAAAAUGCGGAUCUUCGGGUCCGGCACGCCGCGGCAGUACCGCGACUUGAUGUAGGGCUUGUUCUUCUGGAAGCGCGAGCAGCGCGCGGGGCGGCGGCCCAUGGUUGCGAGUUGAGCCUGUGUGGGGCGUUUGUGAGCUCUUUGCGCGUCGAUGGCGUAUUGCCUCUCGCUCGCGCUGUUGCGUAGCGCGUCGCCGCGCGGCCCACAGCAGCCGCUUAGUAGCGAUUGCUUUGGUCUUUUGCAGCGACAGCCAGCGGCGGAUGCCUCUCGCAGCUCUGCUUGCGCAGCGCGUCGCUGUCGCGGCGGCUCAGAGGAACUCGCUUUGGUCGGCCUUAAGCACGGCCUCUGGCGAACCCGCGAGCCGCUGCUUCGAAGCACGCGUGCUGGAUGUCGUCUGUAGAAGUCCAGUGGUCUCUCCACGUCGAUUUAUUGCGGCACCGAUGCGUACAAGGCAAAUUUAGCCGAGCUGCUCGCCACUCG